UUCUCAGUCGGUCUGUAUAUCUGUCUGCCAAAAACACAAAAAAAAAGAAUUUAUUUGAAAUUUAAAUUUGCUCUGCACAUAUUUUCAUUAAUAAUUUUACGUGGACUGAUAAGAGUAAUAAUUAUUAUAUAAGUAGUGUGAGAGAAACAGCAAUAGGUUUCUUUUAACAUGACACACUUCACUUAACGCAACGACGUUCUUGUCGUUCAGCUUCAUACUUAAGGGCAAACUAGCAGCAACCAGUAGAGGGAGGGAAAGAGAAAAUCAUAUAUCGAUUUAAGCAGCGUCUGACACAAAGCUGUAUGAUUCGCAGCAAAGGAGCAAGACGUUCAAUUGACACAAAGCUGCAUACUACGCAAGUGCAGCGCACAAGACCGAAAGGAAGAAGACACUAAAUUGACUGACAUAAAGCUGCGUGCUACGCAAUUGCAGCGCACAAGCAAGAAGACGGUGACACAAAUCAAAAUAAAAACACAAAUAAACAAACCCACAUUGCAAUGUUGCGCAAUACGCCUUUCGCCGGCACGCCCACCUACAAAUUGCUACUGGGCUUUGGCCUCUGCUCACUGGGCAGUGCAAUGUUAUAUGCGUACUUUAAGUCGCGCAAUGAUGAUAAAGAUGAAAAUGACAGCAACAACAAACGGCGAUUAACAAAUGGUGGGCAGCAACAACAACAACAGCAGCAACAGAAACAAAAGGAAAUCUGCCAGAAAAUCGUUGUGGACAACGACCAUGUGCCAUUGAUAAUUGGACGCGGCGGCGCCAACAUUAAGCUAAUUGAGGAGAAAACGGGCGCAAAGAUAAGAUUACGUGACAAGGACACUACACAAAAGUUCUGCGACAUCAGUGGUCAACCGGAUUCCGUGAAAGCGGCACGCGUCAUGCUCAUCAGGGAGAUUGAGCGUGCGCCCAUUGUGAAAGUGGAGCUGCUGGUGCCUCAACGCUUGGCCAACAAGAUCAACGGACGUGGAGGUGAAAUACUGCAAGACAUUAGUCGCACUUCGUUGGCCAAGAUCAACAUCGAUCCGAAUGGGCGCAAUGGCAAGGCAAAGGUCACAAUUGUGGGCAACCAGAAGCAAGUGAACAUUGCACGCAAACUGCUUGACGAUCAGAUCGAAGAGGAUGAACAACUGCGUUUGGCUGUCGACGAGGUGGAACAACGUCGCGAACCUCGUCGAUCGCCCACCAGCCUCAGUAUCACCUCCUCGAUGUACUCGUCACAAACGUCGCUCAGCUCGCAGCCGCCACGCGACAAAUUGAUGGCCGCCCGUGGUGAUGACAAGCCGAUGGAAGUAUACGUUUCGGCGGUGGCAUCACCCACCAAGUUCUGGGUGCAGCUGGUUGGGCCCCAGUCGAAGAAACUGGAUGACAUGGUGCAGGAAAUGACCAGCUAUUACAGUAGCGCAGAGAAUCGCGCCAAGCAUCAACUGACUACGCCGUACAUAGGACAAAUUGUGGCCGCCGUCUUCAAGUUUGAUGAGAAAUGGUAUCGUGCCGAGAUUGUGGACAUCAUGCCCAAUCAGUACAAUCCUAAGGAACAGGUGAUUGAUCUGUACUUUGUGGAUUAUGGAGACAGCGAGUAUAUAUCGCCUGCCGAUAUCUGCGAACUGCGCACCGAUUUCCUCACACUCAGAUUCCAAGCAGUUGAAUGCUUCUUGGCUAACGUCAAGUCCACCAUUACAGACGAGCCCAACACCUGGCAAAAGACAUCCAUCUCCAAGUUUGAGGAACUGACUGAGGUUGCACACUGGCGCAAACUGAUUGCACGCGUGGUUACCUACAAGGAACGCCCGAAGAUCAGUCAAAGCAAAGCUGUCAAUGCCGCCACCAGGGACGGCACUCCACUUCCCGGCGUUGAGCUCUUCGAUCCCACCGAGGGUAUUGAACUGAAUAUUGCGGAUCUGUUGAUCACGCAGGGCUUUGCACUGCCCCUGGAUGAUGCAUAUCCUGUGCGGUCACGCUCAAGCACGCCCUCGAAUCAAAGUGAUUCCACCAUCGAGGAGUUGUGUGCCACAAAUACGCCAUUGACACCCCAUUCACCCAUGUCCAUGUCGAUUAUCAACGAUGUGGAGGGCGCAGAGGAUUCACAUUUCGCGGAUCAGCUGCAGCAUCUGCAGCACAAACUUAAUGGCAACGAUUUAGCCAGCAUUGAUCCAAUCAAACUAACCACAACGGCGGAUGAUUUGCAGAACAGCAAUGUCUCGAGUAACUAAAAAAGAAUUGAAAUCAUUUGUUCAUCCACUUGUUUCACACUCAUUUGUUAAUCUUAAAUGCGGCAGCUCAGCACUCUUGACAUACAUACAUGUAUGUAUUCAUAUAUAUAUAUAUAUAUAUGUACAUAAUGCAUAUAAAAGCGUAGUCUGUAAGCAAUUUACUAUUUACUGUUUAGGAAUUUUGCAAUUGUUUAAUUUAUCACUAAUUGCAAAUUGGCUGUUUGUGGACAUAUCCAUUGUGUGCCCUUCAACUUGAACAAUUAAUAUAUACAUAUAUAUAUUGUAACUUUAUGAAUUCAGCAUAAUACUUUAUUUCUUAUUCCUUUUAUUGUUUACUUAAAAGAUAUGCCAUGUUACUUAAGCCGAGUUCAACUCCAUGUUGAUGAAUGUUUCUCUCUGCUUUAUUUGUUAGCUCGAAAAUACAAGAAAAACACACACACUUAUU